CUUUUCACCAUUCCAAAAUCAUGGGCGGCGCUUGCCUCCAAGGAAUCACUAAAAGGAGGGGGAGGUCACACGCUAACCAGUCGUUCCUGUCAACCAAGAUCAUAAAUCAUAGUCAGUCGUUCACAAAACGUGUUUCGGUCCACCGUGUGUUGACUAAACCCCAAAAAAAAAAUCUACAGAGAACUUCAGUGAUCCUAAAGUGAACAGUGAUACAAUUGUGGGAGUGGAAUUUUUUUACAGUGUAAAAACAAACAGAAGAGAAAGUUGGAUAUCACUGAAGAAAAGUGGACUUUUGAAAAUUUGUGAUUUUUUUGAAUAAAAGUGAAGUGAUUUUUAAAAAAUAUUUUUAAAAAAUAUUUUUAAAAAAAAAUUUUAAAUAAAAAGAAAUAAAUAAAUAUUAUUUAAUCUAAAUAAUAUUUAUGAAAGGUUGAGUUUUACUGUCGAGGAAAAUUUUCGCGAUGUGUAACAAUGAGAGUCCACCGCCAUCAAAAGAGCCACUAUCAGUGGGUCUUGGAACUCCAUUUUUCCCCGGUUUGGAACACUAUCGUCUUCAAUUGUACCACUAUGCAAUGACCGAACGUCUUCGUUUGGCGCAACAACUACAUCCUCAACAUCCUGGAGUACAUCCACAAUCCGGCGGACCAACAUCGGCACAUUUGGGUAUGGCACCCGGUUUUCCAGCGCCACUACCACUUUAUCCGGCCGCAGCCGGUUAUCCAAGUCGAUUAGCCCUCUCAAUGGCCCUUCUUCAUCCACAUCAUCAACGAAUACCAGAGGAACCAAAACCCCAACACAGUUACAUUGGUCUCAUUGCCAUGGCAAUUCUCUCAUCACCCGACAAAAAACUCGUCCUCUCCGAUAUUUAUCAACACAUUUUGGAACACUAUCCCUACUUCAGAACUCGUGGACCAGGCUGGAGGAACUCAAUCCGACACAAUUUGUCCCUCAACGAUUGUUUCGUGAAAUCGGGCCGAAGCGCUAAUGGAAAGGGUCACUAUUGGGCAAUUCACCCGGCGAAUCUCGAGGAUUUUCGACGGGGCGACUUUAGAAGACGCAAGGCACAGCGUAAAGUCAGAAAGCAUAUGGGAUUAGCUGUCGAUGAGGAACCCGACAGCCCAAGUCCUCCGCCUCUACCCGCAACACCACCACCCUCUGCUCCAUCCCUACGACCAACAAGUGCUCCCAUGUCUGGAAUUUGGAGUCCCCAUCAUCAGCCACAACAGGACCAAUCGCAUCCGAACUUUAAAAUGUUUCAGAAUCAGGGUCUCAGACAAGUGUGUCAGCCGUCGAGAAAGAGGCAAUUCGACGUCGCAUCACUUCUUGCACCCGACGAUCAAUUAGAAUCCCUGAGGCCAAUGAAAUCGAGAAAAUUCAGUUGCAGUGAAGAUGAGCACGACCUACAGGAACCGGAACCAGAAGCCGAUCAUGACGAGGAGGACGUCGAUGUGGAUGUCGACGUCGAUGAGGAAACCGAAGUCAAACCACUUUUAUCACCAGUCACACCGUCAGCAAGUCCCGAGGCAAAAUUAAGUCCAAUCAAUGGUCACUGCAACUGGAGUAAUCCAACUCUACAAUCAAAUAUCUGUCAAUCAAUAUCGGGACUUCAUUUACACAAUCAUCUUCACGUUCGAAAUUACUACGUGCCCAGUAAUUCAAGUUCUGGAUCAAGCAUCUGAAUCAACUAUAUGCUAUCAUAUCUAAAAUGACUUUUCCCAAGAGACUCUAGUCUGAUGAAAAAAAAAUCCUAAAGAGCGGAAUUUAGUGCGAUUUUUACAAGUGAUCAUCAUAAAAUGUGCGAUAUUUAGUGUGAUUCAAAGUUUUUUUUUUAAUUCUGUCAAAUUUUUGUUUAACAGUCAAAAUUUAAAACAUUGAAAAUUCAAUCACAAUUUACGCACUUUCAAAAAAAGGAUCAAACAAUCCUCCCUUUUCUAAACUAUUUUCCUAUAAAAAAAUCAUGUACAGAAAAUUUUUUCUCCCCCUCUCGAUAUUCUUCGCGUAAUAAAGUGCGCGUGAAAUUCAUGUAAAUAGCGAAUUGUACAUAAAAGAAAUUGGGUGGGUAUAUAAAAUAGUUGUUGUUAGAAAAAAAUAUAUAAAUAUAUUUAAAUAAUAAUUGACUGAAGUGAUCUCGAUUUUAAAGUGUAAUAUAUAUUUUGCGGAGAUUAAGGUCUGAAAUUAUAUAUAUGGCGAAUUUAUAUUGAAAUUGCGAGAAAAAUUCUAUAUGCCAUAUAUAUGAAUAUUAGUAACAGUCGGAGAUAAUGUAUAAAAAACAAAAUAAAUUGGGUGUCAAUCCUUUCAUCCCGUAUGUAUAUGUAUGAAUGAUGUACGACUGUACUUAGUUAGGUAAAUGUAAAUACAACAUUAUUAAAGAAAAAAAAAAAAUAAAAUAAAAAUCUCCUGAGUCAGAAAACGUGCGACAGAAUUUCUAAUGACCAGCAUCAUCAUGAAUAUUUAAAAUAAAUUCUGCCUCGUACGUUUCACUCAUUAGAAGAAAUUAUGUGCACGGACAACUGUUGCAAU